UUUGCUGAAAAGGGAUUUAAAUUUUUUUUAUCUGAAAUUUGGGUGGACGAACUGUCAAUAACUGUAUCCAAAAGGUGGUUAACCCUUGUCUGUGAUGUGCUAUUUAUGCGACUGUUGAGAGGGCGGAACUGUCAGUCUUUGAAUGUAGUUUUGUUGCAGUCGCAUCCCUCUGAAGACAGAUAUGAUUGAUCCAGUCAUACUCGUUCACGGUGGUGCUGGAGACAUCCCCGAAUGGCGCGUUCCACUGAAAAUGCACGGCGUUCGAAAAGCUGUUAAAACUGGCUAUGAAAUUUUAUCGAAUAGCGAAGGUUGCGUGCUAGAUGCCGUGGAAGCUGCCAUAAAAGUGAUGGAAGAUGACGAGGCUUUCAACGCGGGAAAAGGAUCAGUUCUGACGAUUAAAGGAACUAUCGAAAUGGAUGCUAUAAUCAUGGAAGGGAAAAAUCUAAAAACAGGCGCUGUUGCUGGGUUAAGCAACGUAGCCCAUCCAGUGUCGAUUGCCAAACUAGUGAUGGAUAGCACACCUCACAUUUUUUUAGCCGGGCCUGGCGCAAAUACAUUUGCUUGUGAAAAAGGAGUGCCGUUUGUACCUGACGACGAGUUGAUUACAGACUUCGCUCGUCAGGCACUGGAAGAUUUUCUUCAUGGAAAGGGGGAAGCUACCAGUGAAGUUGGCAAGGAAACCAAGUAUGGAACUGUUGGUGCGGUAGCCAUUGAUCGUCAUGGCCGCAUGGCUUGCGCAACAUCGACUGGAGGAAUGACGGGGAAACUUCCUGGAAGAGUUGGAGAUACUCCUCUUGUUGGUGCAGGGGGGUAUUGCGAUGACGCUUCAGGGGCGUCUUCGGCAACAGGCCAUGGCGAGUCUAUCGCCAGAGUGUGUUUAUGCCAUCAUAUCAUUGGACUCAUGCAGUCCGGUUUGGGCCCGAAACAGGCUACGGAAUUAGCGCUAACGAAUAUGAAUAAAAGGACUGGAGGCACUGCUGGAGCUAUAACUCUUUCAAAUAAAGGGGAAGUAGGAAUAUAUUUCAAUUCUAAACGCAUGGCUUGGGCGUACGCGCAGAAUGGUGAAAUUCAUUCGGGUAUAAAUCCAGAUGAAGAUGAAAUCGAAAGUAUAUGAAGAUACCAAAAGCCAAGGCCCCAAUGAAAAGAACUGCUGCGAUAUUCUGUUGUAACUAGUGCAAGUAUGCAAAAAUUGGCUAAUAAAAAAUUUUAAAAACAAA